ACUUUCUUUCCAAGAAAAAGAACAAAAGAAAGAGAACCCUUUUGUCCAAUAAUCCAAAACGGCCAUAAAAUCAUAUAAUGCAGAGACCCUUGUCAAUUCCUUUUCUAUGAUUCCUUCAAUGGCGUCUUUCAAGAAUAUUUUCACUGCUGCUUUCAUGAACAUGUCAACAGCUCUCUCAUGCCCUUUAUCAAGAUCAAGAACUCACCUUUUAGCCACUUCUUUUCUCCUUCUCUCCAUUCUUUUCCUCUCCAAUUCAAUAACCAACCAUUCUCCAUCUUUCACUGCUUCUGCGCUCGCUUCUCGCCUUCUCUUCGCUGCAAAUUAUAUCUCUCCUUUCUCUUCAAUUCAAUCAUCCAAAACAUGUCUUGUCUCUGACUUGCGUGAUAACUGCACACUCUCUUCUGUUACUGCAAUGGAAAGAAGUAGAAGGAAUUCAAGAAAAGAAGAAACUGAUGAUGAUGUUCUUCUUUCAGGCCUUAGUUCUUGUGAUAUCUUUAAUGGGAGUUGGGUUAUUGAUGAUGACUUCGGUCCAAUUUACAAACCUGGGUCUUGCCCAUUUGUUGAUGAUUCUUUUAAUUGUUUCAAGAAUGGAAGGCCUGAUUUGAGUUAUCUUAGAUAUCGAUGGAAACCACAUGGGUGCCAAAUUCCAAGGUUUGAUGGGAGAAACUUUUUGGAGUUGUUGAAAGGGAAAAAAUUGGUGUUUGUUGGAGACUCUUUGAACAGAAAUAUGUGGGAAUCUUUGGUCUGUGCAUUGAGAGAGUCAUUGAAGAAUAAAAGUAGAAUCUUUGAAGUUUCUGGCAGGAAGGAGUUCAGGACUCGGGGUUUCUACUCUUUCAAAUUCAUAGAUUAUAACUGCUCAAUAGAUUUCGUGAAAUCACCAUUUCUUGUCCAAGAAGUGAAAGCAUCAGAAGAUACUGGAAACAGAAGAGAAACACUGAGGCUUGAUAUGAUUCAGGGCACUUUCUCCAAGUACCAUCAUGCUGAUAUAAUUAUCUUCAACACAGGUCAUUGGUGGACUCACCAAAAGACCAAUAGGGGCAAAGAUUACUUCCAAGAAGGCAGUCAUGUCUAUAACAGGCUAAAAGUGACAGAAGCAUACACAAAAGCUUUGUGGACUUGGGCACAUUGGGUUGAUGCUAAUAUCAACAGCAGUCAUACAAGGGUCUUUUUUCGCGGAUACUCAGCUUCCCACUUCAGGAAAGUGCCAUGGAAUGCGGUUGGUCGCUGUGAUGGUGAAAACCAGCCUGUAACAAAUGACACUGACCUUGCACCAUAUCCAUGGAUGAUGAGCAUCCUUGAAUCUGUUAUAUCAGAAAUGAAAACCCCUGUAUUUUAUCUCAACAUUACUAGAAUGACAGAUUACAGAAAAGAUGGACAUCCCUCUGUUUAUAGACAGUCUAAGAUCCGAAGAGACCAUGAGAUGAUUCAAGACUGCAGCCAUUGGUGUCUGCCUGGUGUUCCAGACUCCUGGAAUGAACUUCUCUAUGCCACUCUCCUAUUAUCACACCAUGAUUUGUUAACUAACCACUAGAAAAACUGCGUGCAUAUGCUUUGUAUACUGAAAUUGAUUACUUCUGUUGCUAGUUUUUGUACUUCAAUCCAUAGUUUAAGCUUUAAACUCAUUCUCCAUCAAAUUUACUGCUCAAAUUCUAACGUAUUUCUAGUUCC